AUGACAAUUGUUCAUAAAGUCACACAAGCAAAUCAAUUAGUAACAGGAUUAUUAACAAAUUAUAUUGCUGUAACAGAUUAUUUUGGAUUAACACAUAAUAAUACUGUAUACGAUAUUGGUUAUAUGAAUGUAUCUCUUUAUGCGGGAUUAUUUGGAAAUAGAUAUAUAUUGAAAAAUUCCACAUUAGUUUGUUCUUGUCAAAAUAAUGGUUCAUGUCCUUUACCUGCAAAUCUUUAUUUAUAUAAAUCUUUUGAAACUUUUGGAGUUUAUGACUUGAAUAAAAUUGAAGUGAAUGAUACAUUAUCUGGUAUAAUAAUUGAUUGUUUACCAUAUCAAAUGACACUUUUAUCCUCAUUAGAAUGUUUUUAUAAUCAAUCAUGUUUAAAUAUUCUUUUAUCAUCUUAUAGAAAUCCAUUAAAUAUUACAAUUCUUAAUCAAUCUUUAUCAAGUCGUUUUCUUUCAACAACAAAAGUUGAAUUACUUAUCAAUGAACUUUUUCUUGAAGAAAUAUUUAAUCAAACAAACUAUACAAAAUAUUAUUCACAAUGUUUACCUAAUGUUUGUCAAUAUAUUUAUAUACAUCGUUUUAAUUUUAUUUAUGUUUUUACAAUUUUUCUUGGUCUUCUUGGGGGAAUAACAACUGUAUUACAAAUAAUUACUCCAUAUAUUAUUCGAUUAAUUUUAUUUUGGCUAAAAGAAUUGUUUCUAAAAUUUAAAAAUAAAAUCAUAACUUUUAAUUUAUACAGUAAAUAUUCUCAUGAUCCAAUACGUGUUUAUCAUGGUGUUUUAGCAACACGAUUAUAUAUUGUUUCAUUGUUAAUAUCAAUAUAUGCUAUUGUUGUAUUUUCAUAUUCACCAAAUGAAAUAUUUAAUGAAACUAUUAUAAACCCAUCUGAAGAAGAAUAUGAAAAAUUAGAAGAAAAAUAUUCCUCAACAUUAACAUAUCCAUGUACUCAAAUACCUAUACCUUAUAAAGAUUUAAUAACACUUGAAUGGUAUCAAAGUUUUCUUCCUUAUAAUACUUCUAAUGGAUAUAUUGAUUUUUUAUCAUUUGCUUCAUCAUAUUUUCAAACAUUAGAAAUAUUUUGUGAUAUUGCUAAAAUAAUAAUUAAUAAUGAAAUUAAUCAAUUUUUAACAACAACAUCCGUUCAUGCUCAAAUUGCAAUAAAUGAUUUAUUUUAUUCAUAA